AGAACAAUCACAUCCGCUGCCAUGUUGUCACGUGACCUUGUGUCCUUGGUUUGCUAACUUGACAUGUGAGCAGCAGAAACAUGUCUUUCCCUAAAAAACCCGGCGGUAAAGCACUGGACGUUUUGCAAAAUCUACCGAGAAUAACUUUAGCAAAUUUACGUCCUGAACCAGGAGCCAGGAAGAAUGAAAAGCGGCGGGGCAGAGGACAGCACGGAGGUAACAGGAGCGGGAGAGGCCACAAAGGAGAGCGGCAGAGAGGGACCCGACCUCGGCUGGGGUUCGAAGGGGGACAGACCCCCUUCUACUUGAGAAUUCCUAAAUAUGGCUUCAAUGAAGGCCACAGUCGCCGUCCACAAUACCAGCCUUUAACGUUGAAAAGACUGCAGUACUUGAUUGAUUUGGGUCGGGUCGACCCAUCACAGCCCAUAGACCUGACCCAGCUCGUCAACGCCAGAGGAGUCACCAUCCAGCCACUGAAGAGGGACUAUGGAGUCCAGCUUGUUGAUGAGGGUUCUGACAUUUUUGCAGCAAAAAUCAACAUUGAGGUUCAGAGAGCAACUGAAGGAGCCAUAGCUGCUAUCGAACGGAAUGGAGGCAUCAUCACCAACAGCUUCUACGAUCCCAUAAGUCUCGGAAUCCUUAUCAAGCCCGUCCCGUUCUUCAUGAGGGGGCAGCCGAUCCCGAAGCGGAUGCUGCCAGGAGAGGACAUGGUCCCGUAUUACAUGAGUGCUGAAAACCGGGGUUACUUAGCAGAUCCGGAAGAAAUCCAGCAGGCCCGCCGCGCCCUGGCGCAGAAGUACGGCUACGUGCUGCCAGAUAUUUCAAAGGAUGAACUCUGUCACAUGCUGGCCAUGAGGAAGGAUGUUCGACAGAUCUUCUUUGGCCUGUCUCCAGGCUGGGUCGUUAACAUGCCAGAGAAGAAGAUCCUGAAACCAACCGAUGAGAAACUACUCCAAUAUUAUUCCUCAUAGGUGUUCACAUGGUUAAACUGUUAUUUUAUAUGCCCAAAUUAAACAUCGUCU